AUGGUCACUGGUAUCGAGGCUGCAGGGCUCGCUCUCGCGAUUCUACCGCUCUUUGUGAACCAGAUCGAUGCUUACGUCCGCGGCAUAGAAAAAAUCAAAGGCCUGAGGCGCUACCGACGGGAGUUUCAAGGCUAUUCAACGGGCCUCCGUACACAGCAUACGAUUUUGAUGAACACACUGGAAGAGGCCUUAGAAGGGGUCGUGGACGAUGAGGAUCAAGUCUCUGAGCUGAUCUCUGAUCCACAGGGCGAGGGAUGGAAGAGCCCGGACUUGCAGAAACGACUACGCUGGAAGCUGGACCGAAAUUACGAGGUCUUCAUGGGUAAUAUGGCUGGUCUCUCUGAGUUGCUGGAACAACUAGCGCAUAAGCUAGAAAUUGGCGCAACUGACAUCAAGACUCCCGUCACCGAAGCCUGGAGUAUGUGGAAAUUUCGAAAGAUCCUCAGCAAGGCAGUCUAUGACGAUCUCCUUGUGAAAAUUGGCGGAACCAAUACAAUCCUCAAGACUCUGGUCGAACAGUCAUUCCAUUUAGAAGAUACCAAGAAGAGGAGACGGAGCUGGAGCUAUCUUCUGGAACGGUAUCAAAAGGCGCGCAAGCAUGCUGAGGGACUGUUUAAAGCAGUCAUUGGAGGAAGCUACUGGCGCUGUCAGUGCAAGAAGCACCAUUGCGUCCACCUCCAGCUGCAAAUAAACUCCUUACAGAGUAUUGAAGAGUACCCGGACGGCGACUUCGACGCCGGAUCCCAAUUUCGAAUGAUCUUUUCUAAUACCAAGGAAGCGGAUUCAACGUGCCUAUGGACUUGGACAGAAGUGAUGUUUGAGCCUUGGCAGGUUGAAGAGAUAGUAAAAGUUGCUAGUCGCUCUCGGCAUGAUGAUUCCAUUUCCUAUCACCAGAAGAAGCCUAAGGUUCAGUUUGAUAUCCCUCCCGUGGAGGAAGCACGGACAUCAGAUAAACGUCGAGAGGCUCUAUGUGUUUCACCGAUCCAAGACUUUUGUUCGUCUCUUUGCGCCGCCGAAUCAUAUGCCGAGCGACGGGAAAGCAUAGGUUCCAUUUCGAAUGACCUAAAUGCCUCUGUCAAAUACACCAUGCAUGCCAUGAAGAUACUUCCAAAAUGCAUUCCACAAAAACCUCUCCGCGAGGUACUAUCACAUAUAAGUCGACGGGACCGCCUUCAUAUUGCUACUGCUCUAGCAUGUGGUAUGAUCCAAUUUCGUGGUAAUUGGUUGAAAUCAUGGUGGGACAUCUCCGAUGUCUACCUGGCCGCUACAAGCGACGAUGGUGCCAAUGUACUAUUGGACAAUCUAUAUCUAUCAUGGCCUAUUUCCACCACGAGCACAAUACCCGGGCCUCGCAAUGAUACUAAGUAUUCCAGUUUCGGGGAUAAUCGUCUAUUGCCGCUGGGGCUUGCGCUGGUGGAACUGUCUCUUGGAAAGUCUCUCCACACAUUGUUGGAUAUGGAGGAUGGGAAUCAGGAGACACUGGUGACCAAUCUCAAGACCGCGUCAUGGCUUGUCAACAUGGUAUACAUGGAGAGUGGGACGAACUAUGCCGAUGUGGUCAAUAGCUGCUUGUCUUGGUCUGCUCUUUGUCUCGAGAACAAAUUCGAGGAGCGUAUCUUCGACACCAUCGUUUCUCCGUUAAUCAAAAAUUUGCGCAAUUUUGAGGGCCUAGCAUAA